AUGUCCGAAGCAAUUCAAGCACAAAAUUACCGACCGAUCGCACCUGCGCGUGCACCGAACUCCAUCUUGGAUGGCCUCAGCGAUUGCGAGUUCGACCCCGAUGUAGAUGCUUCCGUAGAAGGCCAGUCUACUCUGAUGGGUCCCAUUAGGCAUCCGCCAACUAAUCAGCUCGUCCAGAAGAAGUAUUUCAAGUUGAUGGGUUCUGUGUAA